ACCGCAAGCUUGUCUGAACAAAUCUCAGAAACUCUGGUUUUUGAGCAGUUUUACUGGAGCUCUACUGAUUUAUCCACUUGUUAUUCAAACUCGAUUCUGUCAGGUAUUAUUGCGACUUUUUCUCAAUAUGAAUAGGCCAGGACCAGGCCCACAGCCACUAAGAGGCAUGCCCGGAUUCCCCUCACAACAACAGGCACAAGCUCGCAAUGCAUCCAUGGCCACGAGUCGACUACCCAAUGGAAAAAUAGGUGCGCUUGAUUGAAUAAUGACAGCAAUAGUCAAAUCGAGUUUGGCUGACUUUGUCGAAACUUUGCACGAAUAGGGUCGAAUGCGAACUGGAACUUUGGUCUUCCUAUGGGUGCAGCUCCAGGCUUGCAAAAUCAUCAGCAGCGAAAUAUCGGGUCAAUGGGAUCGUUCGCACAGAGCCUUGGUGGCUCACAACCUGCCACACCUCUAGAUCUUUCUGAAUUCCCUUCGUUAUCGGCUGCACCACAACAAAACCAGGCUCAAUCCUCUGCUCAAGCAGUUUGGGCAAAUGCUGGACAACGAGCGACCCAACAAACCCCGGCUCAGAGACAACAGCCCCCUUCCAGUCAACCUCCGUCGCGAGCCUCUCAAACCCAAACACACUUCACUCAACAACAACAGCCUCAUGACGAUGUAUUUCCAUCUGGCGCUCAAUUUGCGAACCGGCUAGAUGACUUCAGGAAUGGUGGUCAGGGUAUCAGUGGCCAGCUUGCAGGUGGUGGACAGCCGCAAACAGGAAACAUCGAAGAGUUCCCGCCAUUAGGGAGGAACGCCGCUGAUAUUCCGCCGGGAGGAAUUUCUCGCAUGAACGACAUUGGGCAGGAGCGGAGGGGCUCGGUAUUACAAAGUACAGGAUUUGGAAGCUACGGCCCUGGCUUGGCAUUCUCAAAUCAAUCACAGUCUGCACAAGCCCGAAACAUCAUGAAUUCAGCUUUGAACGGACAGGAGAAUAAUCGUGUUAUGUCACCGGGAACGACGGGUUCUGGAGCUCCACGCAUGUCGAGAUCUCCGCAAGGGCCAAAUGGCGUAUCAGCUCAGGACAAAGAAGACGGCGAUAACCGUGGUCUUCGUUCUGAGAGCUUUCCAGAGCAUGAAAACAGUCAAUUACAACAACGUCAAUCACAAACUGGUGGACUGUCAUCGGAUAGCCAAGAUCCAAGUCAAAGCACGGACCAACCGCCGUUCUCUCAAAUGAGUGAGCUAGACAAGUUCGGGCUUGCAGGACUGCUGAGAAUGAUACAUAGCGAGAGCCCGGAUGUAGCCAGUCUCGCCGUCGGACAGGAUCUCAUGACUCUGGGACUGGACCUCAAUCAGCCCGAGCCGCUACAUCAUUCCUUUGCGUCACCGUUCGUGGCUUCUAUGUCUGCAGUUCCUCUCGAGCAAGACUUUGCAAUUCCUAGCUGUUACAAUGUCCACAAUGUGCAACCUUUACGAUCCCGGAUACCCAGCUUCAGUGAUGAGACCCUCUUCUACAUUUUCUACAGCAUGCCGCGUGAUGCUAUGCAAGAAGUUGUUGCCGAGGAAUUGAUGGGCCGUAAAUGGCGGUAUCACAAGGUUGAGCGCUGCUGGCUCACGAGAGAUGAGAACUACCCAGGUCCCGUUGAUGUUGAACGAGGUGUGAGUGAACGUGGUGUCUAUCUAUGGUGGGAUCCAGCUUCUUGGAAGAAGAUUCGUCGCGAAUUCAUACUCCGUUAUGAAGAUCUGGAUAACAGACUUGAUCCUGGCCGGGGUAUUCAGCGGACUGGUUUCCCCCCUCACGCUUCAUAGUGGUGGUCUAUUUGAUGCUUCGUGUAUUUAUCAUGUGCGUCUAUUGGGUAGCAUGGGAACGAGCGUUUAAACGUUUGGUUAUUGGCGUUAGUACUGGGCAAAGGUCUCCCAUUGGGCAAUGUGGGAACUACAUUAUUCUAUGGUUAAUGAUGAAUAUGCCUGGUGUUUGAAAAGAAGAUGCAUCGCAUUCGCAGUUUUUGCGCUUGCUUCAAUGAUGAAUCCAUUGCGACCAUGAUUUUAGUAGAUAUAUAGACAAAAUACCGUUCUGCCACG